AUGAAAGGAUCAAUCAUCAUUCGUGUGUCAGCCACCGUAUUAACAAAUUCCAAGUUUCUAAUAUCACCAUUAACAAACCAUUACGAAUCGGAUCUUCAAUUUAAGUUUGUCCUCAAGUUUGUCCAUAACAAUCCAGUAAUGGAUUUGUCCUUUCCCAACGAUUUUGAUGAUAUAAACAAUAUGAAUGAAGAUGAAACUGCAUCAAUCGAUGAUGAAUUCUUGUCAAGUGAUGAUGAAAUUGGUUCAAAUGAUGAUGAUAAUCCCUCAAUCGAAAAUGUCGACAUGAUGGAUCACCACAACGAAGGGGAGUUCACAUUCGCUGAAAAUAUUUAUGAAACAAUGCAAAUUCAUGAUAUCUUAUUUUUUAUAUUUAAUUUCGGUAAAAAUGUCUCAAACACAUUCCAUGAUUUGCAUAUUGUUGGUAUACUAUAA